AUGAAAGUUCUGGUGCUUUCCCUCUCUGUGCAGCUGGUAUACAUCGCUUGUAUAUUCUUAUCCGGGCUAGUGCAUGCAUACUCGGUCCGCUCCGUGUCAUCCACCAAUGUCACCAACGCUGUCCUCCAAGACAUUGCCAUCUACACCUUCGGCCAACGCAUUAGCUCGACCACGCCUUUCAACCUCAGUUUCACUCUCGAUUCCGAAGAAUGGAUAGUAAAGCUAGCCCUAGAGCCAAACCAUGACCUCAUCAUCCAGGAACCCCAUAUCAACUUCCAUGCUGGCGGCGAGGUCCAACGAACGGAGGUUAUACGAAGAGAGCAUCACAAGGUCUUUCGGGGCGCUGCUUUUGUUCAGUCAGCCAGGUACCAGUGGGAGAAGGCCGGAUGGGCAAGGAUCAACAUUGUUCGGGAUGGAUUGAGUCCGCUUUUUACAGGGGCGUUCACUAUCUCAGGAAGGCAGUAUGAUAUCAAACUCGAAUCGGUUAGACCAGGGCAUUUCGCAGCGGAGACAGAGACUCAAAUCGUGGCUUACAGAGACACUCAAGACGACAUCAACCCCAUCCAUGCAUCUACAACACCCUCCUGGUCGAGUCCUGAUGUUCUGCAAAAACGCCAAUUCAUCCUCGAUGCCUCCGACUUUGUCGAUUCCAUUGGCGACGACUCAGGCUGCCCGACAAAUCGCCAAAUCGCCCUCAUAGGAAUUGCCACAGACUGCAGCUUUACGGCCUCCUUCGACAGCAGCGAAGAACUUAUUCAGUCCCUUGUAUCCAUGGUCAACACAGCCUCCGAGGUGUUCGAGUCCUCAUUCAACAUCGCGCUCAGCUUCCAUAACCUCACGAUCAUGGAAUCCGGAUGUCCAUCGACACCAAGUGAUGACGAGCCUUGGAAUGCGGGAUGUUCAGCGGGCGACCUGAACUGGCGCCUCAACGAAUUUUCCUCCUGGAGAAGUCAGCUACGUGGCGAUGAUAACGCCUACUGGACGCUUAUGACGGGAUGCCCAACGGGUACCGAAGUAGGCGUUUCCUGGGUAGGAGAACUAUGUGAUUCCGACAUGGGUGCGAAUGUCGUUGCGAGCGCGGCGAAUCAGUGGCAGGUUUUUGCACACGAAUCGGCGCACACAUUCGGCGCAUACCACGACUGCGACUCCAGUACAUGCUCACUUUCCGGUAGCAGUCGACAGUGCUGUCCCCUCUCAGAAUCAUCCUGCAAUGCAGGCGGCGACUAUCUCAUGAACCCGAUCUCGGCGGCGUCGCAGUCUGAGUUUUCGCCAUGUACAAUCGGGAAUGUAUGUUCAUCGAUCGGGUCGAGGAGGGUGAGCAUGCGGUGUUUAACGACGAACACCAACACGCCAACCAUCUCAGCAGGCGAGUGCGGGAACGGAAUCGUGGAAGCUGGCGAGGAAUGUGAUUGCGGAGAUGAGUGUGAUGGGAAUGAAUGCUGUGAUGGCUCAACUUGUCAAUUUAGAGGGGAUGCCGUUUGCGAUUCUUCCUCUGGUGAUGGAGGAUGUUGCCGGGAUUGCCAGUUCCUCUCAGCCGGAACGGUCUGCCGUGCUGCCGUUGGCGAGUGCGAUAUUGAAGAGACUUGUUCUGGUAACUCGGGCGAUUGUCCAGAUGAUGAGACGGAGGAUGAUGGGUCGAGUUGUGGAGAUGACGGCGAGGAGCUCUUCUGCGCGAGUGGACGGUGCACGAGUCGGGAUUUACAAUGUCAGGAGCAGAUUAGCGGAGAUAACUCGACUAUAUCAUCCUGCGAUAACGGUGCCGAUACCUGUAUCCUCUCCUGCUCCUCGCCUUUCGCUACUGGCUCCUGCUCUAAUGCCGGGACCGUCCUGGACGGGACACCCUGCGACGGGGGGCUCUGUUCGGGGGGCGUAUGUCAGAGCUCUACACGGGAUUAUGCGGAUGUUCGGUCGUGGGUUGAUCGGCACCGAGCACUGGUCAUUGGUCUUUCGGCAGGUAUUGGGGGGUUUCUCGUUCUCGUGAUUUUGGUAUGCCUUGUAUGUUGUUGCUGUCGACGGCGGAGGCCAAAGAGUAUGAGCCCUGUACUGAUGCAACCACCCCUCCGUCCUGCUGCUGCGGCAAGGCAAAUGUAUAUGCCUCCCCCGGCAUACUCGCCUCGGCCUGUUAACGGGGUGGAGAUGGCGUCGACGCCGUAUUUCCGGUAUGCAUGA